UCCCUCGGGCGGGGGAUGCGCGGGGGGACGCGGAGGAGCGCGGAGGAGCUCGGAGGAGGGCUCAGCGCGGCCCCGCCCGGCGCGGCCCCGCCCGGCGCCGCUCGCCCUCCGCGGGGGCGGCCAGAGCCGGGCGCUGCGGGCAGCAGGGACCGCUCGGCUCCGCACCGCCCCGCGCUGCCCAGCGCUGCAGCCAUGGCCCCGGGCUCUCCCGCCGCUCGCCGCCGCGCCGCGCCGUGCCUGCUGGCCGCGCUCCUGGACGGACGGUCCGGAGCGCCGGGGAUAAGUCACUUGGCCAAGGUGACUUCGCAGCCGAGCCCCAGCUCCGAAGUCCCGGCUCCAGCCCCUGCCCUGCCCGCACCGGCGCUCCCGCGGCCAGCGCUUCUCCUGCGAGCACUGCGGCUGCACCCCGCUUUGCCCCGCUCCUGCGCUGCCCGGCCAGCGGGGCCCGCGCUGCCUGCCUGCCCGGGACCGGGGGAUGGCCGGGGGAGGCCAUGCACUGCUUCAGCGCCAGCACGCCCGCCGACAGGUUUGCACAUCUUCGCCAUGGCCUUGGCCUUGGAGGUGUCGGUGGGGAAGACCAACACGGUGAUGGCUCUGAAUAACUCCAAUGUCCUGCUGCCCUGUGUCUUCUCCACCUGCAUGGGCUUCCAGGACCUGAUCUUCACAUGGUAUUUCAACUCGACAGAGCUGAUUUACCAGGGCAAGAUAAAGAACAAAGCCACGGAGCCCACGCCCAUCAAGCACAACCCACGGGUGGAGUUCGUCGGCUCCACCACCAAGAAGGAGAACAUCUCCAUCGUGCUGAAGGGCGUGGAGUUCAGCGACGCCGGCAGGUACACCUGCCACGUCAAGAACCCCAGUGAGAAGAACGCCCAGCACAACGCCACCAUCUUCCUCAACGUGGUCCACAAGAUGGUGGAGACAGACAACACUGUCACACUCAUCAUCGUGGGCGUGGUGGGGGGGCUCAUCGGCCUCCUCAUCCUCUUCAUGCUCAUCAAGAGGGUGGUCCUGUUCAUCAUCAAGAAGACACAGGACGGGAAGAAGGAGUGUCUGGUGAGCUCGUCAGGGAACGACAACACCGAGAACGGCCUGGCCGGCUCCAAGGCGGAACAAAAAGCACCACCAAAGGCAUGAACGAAGCGGCGGCGCCCCGCGCCCGGGCCGGGCAUGGGACGAGCCUUCCCUUUUUGUUUUCUUUCCGAACUGCCAGCGCUUGAGACAUGUUUCUAUUACACACGUACCUGCAACCUGCA